GGACACUACAGCACUUUAUUGAUGGUGGGGAACCUAGUAAGUCGAGCUGGAUGAGGUAUAUCCGAUGUGCAAGGCACUGCGGAGAGCAGAAUCUAACAGUAGUUCAGUACAGGUCGAAUAUAUUCUACCGAGCCUGUAUAGAUAUCCCCAGGGGCACCGAGCUUCUGGUGUGGUACAAUGACAGCUAUACGUCUUUCUUUGGGAUCCCCUUACAAUGCAUUGCCCAGGAUGAAAACUUAAAUGUCCCCUCCACGGUCAUGGAAGCCAUGUGCCGACAAGAUGCCCUGCAGCCCUUUGGCAAGAGCAGCAAACUCUCCCCCGCCGCCCAGCAGCGCUCUGUGGUGUUCCCGCAGACGCCCUGCAGCAGGAACUUCUCUCUCCUGGAUAAAUCGGGGUCCAUUGAAUCCGGAUUUAACCAAAUCAACGCGAAAAACCAGCGCGUCCUGGCGAGCCCGACGUCCACAAGCCAGCUGCACUCGGAGUUCAGUGACUGGCAUCUUUGGAAGUGCGGGCAGUGCUUUAAGACGUUCACACAGAGGAUCCUGUUACAGAUGCACGUGUGCACGCAGAACCCCGACAGACCUUACCAGUGCGGCCACUGCUCCCAGUCCUUUUCCCAGCCUUCAGAACUGAGGAACCACGUGGUCACUCACUCCAGUGACCGGCCUUUCAAGUGCGGCUACUGUGGCCGUGCCUUUGCCGGGGCCACCACCCUCAACAACCACAUCCGGACCCACACUGGAGAAAAGCCCUUCAAGUGCGAGAGGUGUGAGAGGAGCUUCACACAGGCCACCCAGCUGAGCCGGCACCAGCGGAUGCCCAAUGAGUGCAAGCCAAUCACCGAGAGCCCAGAAUCAAUCGAAGUGGAUUAACUGAUUGACUGGUUGGAAUUAAACUGCAAGGAAAGUCAUGAUUAAAUGUCACGGACACUUAAGCAAAACCAAAGAUUUCCUCGGAGCAACUUUCAAUCAGUCCCAGAAAACCAAAAGCAGUAAUAAAAUAAGUAAGAUGUUAAGAGAGAUCGAUCCUGGCGUGGAAGUCAGACCGGGGAAGAGAUUAUUUAUUUAUGACUAGGGAUGAGACUCAUUUCAGUGGACAACUAACCUGGGAUGGCCCGCAGGUCCAGUCCCACCAUGUAUUUGCUUUGUUUCUAAAAAGCUUUUCUAAACUGUUAUUUAAUACCAAAGGGAGGAAUCGUAUGGGUUCUUCUGCCCACCGUUGUGACUAAGAAUGCACAGGGACUUGUUUCUCGUUGCACCUUUUUUUAGUAGCAUGAUCCAAGGGGACCCAUUGUACAGCCCUUCUUCCUGCUGUUUCGGUUUGGCCUGGCCCGGCGCGGCCCGUGGAAGCAGAAGCGAGAGCGUCCGCCGGGUCGGUGCCACCUUCAGCCCCACGGGCAUCCCAUUCUGUGUUUUCCCGCGCUCACGCCUCAUGCACUUGUCACGUGGUUCCUUCCAUCCAACAGCCUGGUCUUGAUGCAGAAGAGCCCGGAAGUGGAAGAAAAUGGGGGACUUACUUUGUCCUGUUUCAAAAACAUGUAAAAUGUAAGGAGCUUCAUAAUACAGUAUAUUGUUCUGAAGCAGCUA